UUCUUCACGCUAGUUGGUGCAUGGCUUUAGGAUGAGAAACACAGGCAUGGACUGAGUACAAAAAGACUGACUGAGUCCCCCUCUAAACUCUUAAGAAUUGCAUAUAGAUACUGGCCAAUUGGUAGGCUUUUGGCCUUUUGUGCUUUUGUCCAACCCCCAGUUAGAAAAAAGCAACAGAAAGACAGAGUGACAGACACAGAAAAAGAAAAUAGUAGAUAGCUGCUGUUUGCUGUUCCUGUUGCUGCUUGCUGCCUUCUUAUAAGACUUGGAAGAACCACUCCAAAACCCCACCUUUGAUUAUCCUCUCUUUCUCUCUCUCUCUCUCUCACUCAUUCUCACACUUGAACAGCAAAAAAAGAGGAAAACAAAUCACUUUCAAGUUCAGUUUAGAUCAGUUCUUUAGAGUGUUCCAACUCUGAGAGCAUGGAGAGUCAGAGAGGUCAAUUCUUUAGCUGGGCUUACUUCAGUCAGGGAAAGACAAUGGAAGAGCUAAGGCAUUCUCUUUUGUAUACUACUCUUGAGCUGGAACAGACAAGGUUGGCAGUUCAGGAGGAGCUGAGAAAGAGGGAUGAUCAGCUAAUUCAACUAAAAGAGUUGCUGAGCAAGGCAAUGAGGGAGAGGGAUGAAGCACAGGAGAAAUGUCAAAGACUUUUCCUUGAGAAGCUCCUGCUUCACCAACAGCAACAACAACAGCAAGUUGCUCCUCUCUCUGGAGUUUCUAGCAUUGAAGAUGAGCAGAAGAGAAUUGACUCCAACAAUGGCUUCUCAUCAUCUGAUUGUGAGGAAAGCAUCGUUUCAUCUCCUGUUCUCGACCCAAUUCAACAACCCCAACUGCCACCAGCACCACCACAAGUACCACCACCACCUCAAUCCAUGCCACAAGCAACCAUCGAGCUGGUCCCUGAAAAGCCAUUACCUGAAAAGGGAAAGCUUUUACAGGCAGUGAUGAAAGCUGGUCCGCUCUUGCAAACCCUUCUUUUAGCUGGACCACUGCCUCAAUGGAGACACCCACCACCACCACUCGAGUCCUUCGAGAUCCCACCUGUGACCAUCCCUUCACCACCACCACCAACCCCACAACUCCUCCACCAAGACUCCUUGAUCAGCAUUAACGGUUGCAAACACCUAAACACCUGUGGUAAAGUUAACAGGAAAAGGGGUCUUUAUGAUGCCUCUGAUUCUCCUGCAGAGACCAAGUACCAAAGAUUACUUCUCCAUUGACUGCCACUACCAACAAGAGUAGUCUACAUAGUAUUAAUUGCCAUAAAAAUUUUACUACCAUUUUUAAAACUUAUUAUAGGUUAGUGAGGAUGAAAUUGCAGGGUGGAAAAUCAGCCUAUCAGGGUAUAGUGACUGAUCUUUUAGCAUUUUUGUACAGAGGUUUGCUUUAGAGAAGCAACUACCCAACUUCCUAGUUAACUCUUUGGAGAGAGUCGCAGAGAGAGCUUUUGUUUCUUGGCUUUUUGCCAAUGUUUUCCGGUGAAGAUUUUUGUCUUUAUUCCCAAGCCCCUUUUUUUUUUUUCUCCAUUUCUUCAAAUUUGGUUUUUGCUCCAUGAUGUGAAAGGGAGCUUUGAUUUCUCCAAAAAUCAAAAAAAGAACUGCUGUGGCAUGUAAAAAUUUAGUAUAACUUUAGCUUUCUAUUAGCCUGCCAAGGCGUGUGUGCUGCUUUGUAAGUGUGGACUGUUUGAGGAAUUGAGAGAUUACAUUAAAAUUAAGGAAGAUUUUUUCAAGCAAGAAUGGGUGUGGAGUUGUUGAAAUGGGGAAGAUGGGUAUGGCCAACAACCAAGAAGGUCUAAGAGGCUUUGCUUGUCGGAUCAGUGGAUCCCACAAAUCAGAAUCCGGAUCUGCUACUGGUGUGAUGUAUGAUUUUUUUUACUACUUUUUCGGUCGAGGGAAAGUAUGAUUAUUGUUUAUUUGUAAGUCUAAUCUCAUGUUUCUCGGAAUCAUUUUUCUCCCUCUUUUCUCUUGUUUAAUGGUAAUAUACUACUAAUAUUCCUUAAA